UCCGGUGGAGAGGUGGAUCAGCCCAUUUGUACUCCUAGGAGAUCUCCUAGACUGAAGUCAAAGCAGAAUAAUGAGGACGAACAACUUGAGGAAGGGAAUGAAGGAAACAGAGAUAGUACUACGGCGAUGAGGAAAUCAAGGAAAUCAAACUCUACUCCUCGGAAAAGGCUGUUUGAAACUGUUCCUAAAAUAUCGCCGCGGCGUGUAAAAACAGAGGCUUCACCGGACAUGUCUGACGAGGAGGAUAUGGAUGAAGAUAAACAGCAGCCUCAGCACAAGGUUAAAAGUUCCUGUAAAGAGAAAGGAAAAAAGGCUAGAAAAUCCCUUUCAAAGUAUCAAAGUUCUAAGGAGAAUAUGGAUGAAGGUAAAGAGCAGCCUCUCCCAAGGGUUCUAAGUUUCGAAAGACAGGAUGACGAAAAUGAUAGAGAGCCUCUAUCAAAGUUUCAAAGUUUAAAGGAGAAUAUGGAUGAAGGUAAAGAGCAGCCUCUCCCAAGGGUUCAAAGUUUCGAAAGACUGGAUGACGAAAAUGAUAGAGAGCCUCUAUCAAAGUUUCAAAGUUUAAAGGAGGAUAUGAAUGAAUAUGAAGAGCAACCUCUGGUAGGGGUUCAAAGUUUCCAAACAGAGGAGAGCAAAUAUGAUAGAAAACCUCUUGCAAGGUUUCACAGUUCAAAGGAGGAUAUGAUGAGUGAAGAUGAAGAGCAGCCUCUGAAGAAGAUGAAGAUAACAACAAAGCCUGACAAUGAAGUGAUCGAGGAUAAUCCUGAAGAUCUGGAGAGGUGUGGUGUGGUGGUUGUCAAAGAGAAGAGAGCAAAAAUGAAAGCAAAACCCCCACUAAAUAUGCAAAGAAGGACAAGGGCGGUUGCCGAAAAGAAAAGAAGUCCAAGUGCUAACUUGCAAAUGUUUUCCAUUUUAGUUGAGAACUGUCUUGGUGAUGAGUGCACAAUCAGCCAUGGUGCUAAAAUAUUUGGGUUCGAAACUAAAUCUGUGUUUAACAAGGAUGUUUGCCGGUUAGUCAUCAACUUUGAGGAGGUUUCAAACUCCAUAAUUGAGAUUUGGUCGAG